CUCGGCCUCGGCCUCCUACCCCUUCUGCCUCCUGCAAUUCUGCACCUCUUCAGGCCCUCCUCCCAUCUUUCUCUCUCUCUCUCUCUCUCUCUUCUGGUGAAAAAUGGAGGCAUCACAGGGAUAAUCACGCUCUUCCCACGACUCCCCAGGACAUGAAAAGCUGAAAGUGAGAGACACAGAGAAGGGGGGAAGGAAAGCGAGCCCAUCCGAAUGGGAGUCCUUUCAUGCUCACUUUAAGGCUUUGAGCAUCUGGGCAAGAGGAAGAGGAAGAAGGAGAAGAAGAGGAAGAAGACGAAGCAGAAGACGAAAAAGAGGAAAGGGCAGCAAUGGAGUAAGGAGGCCAACAGAAUAGGAAAUUGGGGGACGGACAGGAGGAGGAGACUAUCCGCUUGGAGAAGAGGAGAAAAUGCCGAGACCAGGACCAAGGCCGUAUGAGUGCGUCAGGAGAGCUUGGCACAGUGAUAGGCAUCAACCCAUGAGGGGUUCUCUCAUUCAGGAACUGUUCAGGAUGGUGAAUGAGAGCCACAGCGAGGCCAUCAGGAAGAACAAGGAAUGGCAGGAAAAGCUCCCUGUUGUGGUACUGAAAGCAGAAGAAAUCAUGUACUCCAAAGCCAAUUCAGAGGCCGAAUAUAUGGAUCUUACCACACUGUGGGAGAGAGCAAAUGAUGCCGUUGAUACGAUCAUACGAAAGGACGAUAGCGCCGAAGACGGCAAGUUUCUGCAACCUUGUAUAGAAGCUGCACUAAAUCUUGGGUGCACCCCUAGAAGAGCUUCCCGGAGCCAGCGGCAUAAUUCAAGAUGCUACCUGUCGUCCUCCACGCAACAAGAUAAUGGAACUUGUACUGCUACUGCAUCAAAGGACCCUAAGAACUUAAGCUUUAACAUGCCUUCCUUCUCCGUACCUCAACUUGGAAACUCGAUUGUCAGUCCAAGGGGACCAAGACUUGUUCCGUAUUACUUGCCCCAGUUCACACCUAGGCCGAUUGGUUCCCCUAUAAACCAGAGAUACCCUUUGCCUGUUUCUGCUUCUCAGUAUCCUUUUUGCUCGGAGACGGUACCUUUUUCCGUGGAGGAUAAAUCCUUCCUUCCACAAGGGACUUGCCCUUUAUCAUCUCGGGGACAUGCAUACCCUCUAUAUUUUGGUAAUGCUUCAGCUGGGAUGAUGCAUUUUAAUGUUCCCAAGAAGCAGCUGCCGAAAUGUAGCCCUGUAAAUCUUCAACCAUUUCAUAACCAGACAAUACCAGAAGCAAAAAUACAACGAAGCAUUCAAGUGCCAGAAGAUGGCAAUACUCAUUUUGUUUCCACAAACAGAGGAAGCAAGGGAGCAACGCAUGCUACGUUUGAUCUUUCUUUGAGGCUGGGACCGGUGUCAAGUCACUGUCCAAGCUCAGAAAAUCGCGGGGAUGAUGAGGUUGAAGACUUGGGCUCUAUCAACUCCCGGGAUGGAAAGAAGUAUGCUGAAUUCUCUCCACAGAAGAGUAGGUUGUGUAACUUGAACAAUUUCUUCUCGGCUGAGGAAAGAGAUAAGGAGCUCCCCUUUUUCCCUCUAAAUGCAGUAGAUGAUGUUCUCGAGUCCUGCCCAAGCAGACGGUGUUUGGAAGGGGAAGUAGUAGCCGCUGAAGCAUCCGUAGGAAAGCGCAAGUCACCUGCCGGUGAUGGUUUCAGUGUUGAUCACCUUUUCUGGAAACCGUUGAUUUCCACUAAUCAGCUUCAAGGAACAAAGAAGCCACAUUUUUCUUGACUUGCUAACACCCCAUGAUCCUGCUAACAUGGGGUAAAUGUUCAAAGCGUGGUUGCUCUUCUGUUUCUUUGAUCAUAUACGUGGGAUUUAUCCCAUGGCUUUAAGGCUAUGUAUGUAUGGUAGUUUCUUGUGGUCUGUUUUACAACUCCAAGGACCAUCAUCUUUUGUAUUAAUAGUGGUCCCUUAUAUGGAAUCUAUGAUGCAGAUUUCUGUGCCCAA